UUAUUUUUUGAAAGAAUACAUCAAAAGAAAAUCGUCUUUCCUCUUCUAUAUUCUUUUAUUGUAAAAUGUUCGAAUGCUGCGGAAGCUAUCUUACCACAUACAAGCGUAACUAUAGAGCAAGGAAAUCCCCUUUCAUUAGAACGAAUGCGAAAAUCGAACAGUGUGAUGAGCCGCUCAUCAGCAAUCAUUUUUGGUACCCCCUACAGGUAAAUGGGUCACAAGUGAAAAGCAAAAUAUGGCCCAAAACAAAAUUCGGCGUAGAAGAAUACAGAGAUUUUGUGAGCCGUUUGGAAAAAUGCAAGAAGGAAUUGUAUAAAAUGAAUUUUCGAUGUCCUGUUGUGGAUACUAAAUUAAUAGAACAAAUGUUAAGGGAUUUAGAAAAGAGCACCUACAUGGUUACUUACUCUCCAAAUUGUUUUGAGUCACGAAAGGAGUCCCGACGUUUUUUAAGAAAUGCACAUGAAAAAAGCAAUAUGAAAUAUUAUGAAACCACUUACGGUACAUAUUACAACCGCGUUAAAGAAUUGGAUCGUUUUAAGGAUGCACUCUAUGCUGUUAUUUUCAAACCCGAAAGGAAGGAUUGGCAGAAUGAAUUGAAUAAAUUGUUUUUAACGGGUGUCACUAUAUAUCAAACUAGCUAUGAUAUUCCUGCUAUAGAACAAGCGAAAAAGAAAAAAAUGAGGGAUGGACCUAUAGAUCGUUAUACUAAUAGGCGUUAUUGAUCAAAACGAGUAAAUAACGUGGCAUAUCUGCAUUCUUGAGUAGAGGAUGCUAUGU